AUGAGCCCGGGGGUCCCGCGGGCCGGCGCAGGGCAGGGGGCGGCGGCCGCGGUGCAGCUUCUCGUCACUCUGAGCUUCCUCCCGAGCGUCGUCGAGGCCCAGGUCACCGGAGUCUUGGAUGACUGCUUGUGUGACAUUGAUAGCAUUGAUAACUUCAACACCUUCAAAAUCUUCCCCAAAAUAAAAAAGCUGCAAGAACGAGACUAUUUUCGUUAUUACAAGGUUAACCUGAAGCGACCAUGUCCUUUCUGGGCAGAAGAUGGCCAUUGUUCAAUAAAAGACUGUCAUGUGGAGCCUUGCCCUGAGAGUAAAAUUCCAGUUGGCAUUAAAGCUGGGAAUUCUAAUAAGUACUCAAAAGUGGCAAAUAAUACCAAAGAAUUAGAAGACUGUGAGCAAGCUAGUAAACUGGGAGCAAUUAACAGCACAUUAAGUAAUCAAAGCAAAGAAGCUUUCAUUGACUGGGCAAGAUAUGAUGAUUCACAGGAUCACUUUUGUGAACUUGAUGAUGAGCGGUCUCCAGCUGCUCAGUACGUAGACCUGCUGCUGAAUCCCGAGCGCUACACCGGCUAUAAAGGGUCUUCUGCGUGGAGAGUGUGGAACAGCAUCUAUGAAGAAAACUGUUUCAAGCCUCGAUCUGUUUAUCGUCCUUUAAAUCCUCUGGCACCCAGCCGAGGAGAAGAUGAUGGAGAAUCAUUCUACACAUGGCUAGAAGGUUUGUGUCUGGAGAAAAGAGUCUUCUAUAAGCUUAUAUCGGGACUUCAUGCUAGUAUUAAUUUACAUCUGUGUGCAAAUUAUCUUUUGGAAGAAACCUGGGGUAAACCUAGCUGGGGACCUAACAUGAAAGAAUUUAAACGCCGAUUCGACCCUGUGGAGACCAAGGGAGAAGGCCCAAGAAGGCUAAAGAAUCUGUACUUCCUAUAUUUAAUUGAGCUUCGAGCUUUAUCAAAAGUGGCCCCAUACUUUGAGCGCUCAAUCGUCGACCUUUACACUGGAAAUGUGCAAGAAGAUGCUGACACAAAAACCCUUCUACUGAAUAUCUUUCAAGAUACAAAGUCCUUUCCCAUGCACUUUGACGAGAAAUCCAUGUUUGCAGGUGACAAAAAGGGGGCCAAGUCGUUAAAGGAGGAAUUCCGGUUACAUUUCAAGAAUAUCUCCCGUAUAAUGGACUGCGUGGGAUGUGACAAAUGCAGAUUAUGGGGGAAGUUACAGACUCAGGGUUUAGGAACUGCCCUGAAGAUAUUAUUCUCUGAAAAAGAAAUCCAAAAGCUUCCAGAGAACAGCCCAUCUAAAGGCUUCCAACUCACUCGACAGGAAAUAGUUGCUCUUUUAAAUGCUUUUGGAAGGCUUUCUACAAGUGUAAGAGAGUUACAGAACUUCAAAGUUUUAUUACAACACAGUAGGUAA